GCUCCUUCUUCCCUCCCUAGCCGAGAUCUGCACUGUGGGCUUCAUAGCCCUCCUGUUUACAAGAUUCUGGCUCCUCACUGUCCUGUAUGUGGCCUGGUGGUAUCUGGACCGAGACAAGCCACGGCAGGGGGGCCGGCACAUCCAGGCCAUCAGGUGCUGGACUAUAUGGAAGUACAUGAAGGACUAUUUCCCCAUCUCGCUGGUCAAGACUGCUGAGCUGGACCCCUCUCGGAACUACAUUGCGGGCUUCCACCCCCAUGGAGUCCUGGCAGUCGGAGCCUUUGCCAACCUGUGCACUGAGAGCACAGGCUUCUCUUCGAUCUUCCCCGGUAUCCGCCCCCAUCUGAUGAUGCUGACCUUGUGGUUCCGGGCCCCCUUCUUCAGAGAUUACAUCAUGUCUGCAGGGUUGGUCACAUCAGAAAAGGAGAGUGCUGCUCACGUUCUGAACAGGAGGGGUGGCGGAAACUUGCUGGGCAUCAUUGUAGGGGGUGCCCAGGAGGCCCUGGAUGCCAGACCUGGAUCCUUCACGCUGUUACUGCGGAACCGAAAGGGCUUUGUCAGGCUCGCCCUGACACAUGGGGCACCCCUGGUGCCAAUCUUCUCCUUUGGGGAAAAUGACCUAUUUGACCAGAUUCCCAACUCUUCUGGCUCCUGGUUGCGCUGUAUCCAGAAUCGGUUGCAGAAGAUCAUGGGCAUCUCCCUCCCACUCUUUCAUGGCCGUGGUGUCUUCCAGUACAGCUUUGGUUUAAUACCCUACCGCCGGCCCAUCACCACUGUGGUGGGGAAGCCCAUCGAGGUACAGAAGACGCUGCAUCCCUCGGAGGAGGAGGUGAACCAGCUGCACCAGCGUUAUAUCAAAGAGCUGUGCAACCUCUUCGAGGCCCACAAACUUAAGUUCAACAUCCCUGCUGACCAGCACUUGGAGUUCUGCUGAGCCCAAAGGGCAGGGCCAACAUUAGGGAGCCCAGCAGGAGGUGCUGUGCUCUGAGAAGACUUCCUGGAGGUGUUUGUUGAACAUAUCUGCAGAGCCUUCCCAGACUCCUGGAAAUCCAACCCAUAUCAGGCUGUAAGUCAGAGCAGGCAAUGCAGAAGAGGAGACCAGACUCUGGCACUGCAAUCUGCACUCCUGCUGCAAGACCUCUGCGAGCCUCCUGCUCCUUGGCUUCUGUCUGCUCAUCAGUGGAAUGGGAGAGAGGGCUAGAGGAGAAUGGUUUCUGAGGUCUCUGUUCUCUAUUGUAAUGUCACUCAAACAUUAUAAAAGGAAAUGCAGGGAAAAAAAGAGAA